CUAUUGGAAGUGGUUGGAAGAAGCAGGCAGUUCUGCUAUAAGACACUUUUACCCGAAAAUCGAUAUCGUAGUACGACUCAUCGACGAAUCCGACGGAUCUUAAUUUUUCAGUAGUAUGACCUACUAAUAAAGAAUAGAUUUUUAAUCCCCUAUAUGACUAUAUGAGAAAUAAAAUCCAUAUAAUUUAACAUUCAAUGACAAUUUAAUUAUACUACUAACAAAAUAAUGUAAGCAGCUUUCAAGGCAAAUAUAACAUCAAACGUCAAACGCAGUGUGAAUCUUCCAUUAUCCUUCUACGAUAGUGCGUUCCCACGAUGGAGUCCAUUCCGAGGACCCACGAAGAUAUCGAGGCACAAAUAAAAGAGAUUCAAUUGAAGAAGAAGGAAAUUUUAAAUACAGUAUCUGAAAAGGAUCAAGUUGGACUAGGAAAAACUGGUUUCUAUGACCAAGACAUUUAUGAUAGCAGUAACAAUAAAUACGAUGGCUAUGUUACUUCAAUUGCAGCAAACGAUGAAAUCGAGGAUUAUGACCCAUUUGCGGACAGACGGAUACCCACCCUAACUGACAGAGAAGAGGAAAAAGACUAUGAUCCAUUUGCUGACAGACGACGGCCAACCAUAGCUGACAGAGAAGAUGAAUAUAGGCAAAAAAGGCGGCGAAUGAUUAUUUCUCCUGAACGUGUUGAUCCUUUUGCAGAAGGUGGCAAGACUCCUGAUGUUGGUUCUAGGACAUACACUGAAAUUAUGCGAGAACAAAUGCUCAAAGGCGAGGAAACAGAGUUGAGGAAAAGAUUAGCAGAAAAGGUUAAAGAUGGCACUCUAAAAGCCAAUGGUGAACCUAAACUAGCACCAAGGAAGAGAGGACGCUGGGAUCAGAUAGAUGAUACUCCAGUUCAGAAAAAGCUAUCUGGUACUGCAGCAACACCAACCUCGUGGGAUAAUGCAGAUGUAACACCAGCCGCUAUUAGGUGGGACGAAACUCCAGGUCAUGGCAAAGGAGGAGAAACUCCUGGAGCGACUCCCGGAGUCAGUACGAGAAUGUGGGACGCCACACCAGCACACGCAACGCCAGGAGCUGCAACUCCAGGCAGAGAAACACCCUCACAUGAGAAAGUUGUGUCGAGUCGACGGAAUCGCUGGGAUGAAACCCCAAAAACUGAACGAGAGACUCCCGGUCAUAGCAGUGGCUGGGCGGAGACUCCGAGAACCGAUCGUGUAGCCGGUGACUUGAUACAAGAAACUCCAACACCUUCGGCCAGCAAACGACGAAGUAGAUGGGACGAGACACCAUCGAAUCAAACGCCAGGCUCGAUGACACCACAAACCCCAGCAACACCACUUACAACCCCUCAUCAAACGUCUAUUUUAACGCCUAGCGCAGUAACGCCAACAGGACCGAAGGCGAUGGGUCUGGCUACUCCUACACCGGGACAUUUAAUGUCUAUGACGCCAGAGCAGCUACAAGCUUAUCGUUGGGAACGUGAAAUAGACGAACGAAACAGACCGCUGUCCGAUGACGAAUUGGACGCUCUAUUUCCACCCGGCUACAAAAUUCUUCAACCGCCAACAGGAUAUGUACCUAUUCGUACACCUGCCAGGAAACUCACCGCAACACCGACUCCUAUCGCCGGCACACCUCAAGGUUUCUUCAUUCAAACCGAAGAUAAGAACGCCAAGUACGUGGAUAAUCAACCCAAGGGUAAUUUGCCGUUUAUGAAACCGGAAGAUGCGCAGUAUUUCGACAAACUUCUAGUAGACGUGGACGAGGAGACACUUAGUCCCGAAGAGCAGAAAGAGAGGAAGAUCAUGAAGUUGCUGCUGAAAAUUAAAAACGGCACACCUCCUAUGCGUAAAGCUGCUUUGAGACAAAUCACCGACAAGGCGAGAGAAUUCGGCGCUGGUCUACUUUUCAAUCAAAUCCUUCCACUUCUUAUGUCACCCACUCUCGAGGAUCAGGAACGUCAUUUACUCGUAAAAGUUAUCGAUCGCAUUCUCUAUAAGCUCGAUGAUUUGGUACGACCAUACGUGCACAAGAUUUUAGUAGUUAUCGAGCCUUUGCUGAUCGAUGAAGACUAUUAUGCCCGUGUUGAAGGCAGAGAAAUCAUUUCCAAUUUGGCCAAAGCUGCAGGAUUGGCGACAAUGAUUUCUACGAUGAGACCAGACAUUGAUAACAUCGACGAAUACGUACGUAACACGACGGCCAGAGCAUUCGCUGUUGUUGCGUCCGCUCUUGGAAUCCCAUCGUUACUUCCGUUCUUAAAAGCUGUUUGUCGCAGUAAGAAAUCCUGGCAAGCUAGACACACUGGCAUCAAGAUCGUGCAACAAAUAGCUAUUCUAAUGGGUUGCGCAAUUUUGCCACAUUUAAAGAGUUUAGUGGAGAUAAUAGAACAUGGUCUAGUGGAUGAACAGCAGAAAGUGCGAACCAUCACUGCGUUAGCCAUUGCUGCGUUGGCCGAAGCUGCAACGCCAUACGGUAUCGAAAGUUUCGACUCAGUAUUGAAACCUCUGUGGAAAGGUAUCCGCACACAUAGAGGUAAAGGUUUAGCAGCGUUCCUAAAAGCUAUCGGUUAUCUCAUCCCUCUCAUGGACGCAGAAUAUGCGAAUUAUUAUACUAGGGAAGUAAUGUUAAUCCUUAUACGUGAAUUCCAGUCGCCCGACGAGGAAAUGAAAAAGAUCGUAUUAAAGGUGGUUAAGCAAUGCUGUGCAACAGAUGGUGUGGAAGCUCAAUAUAUAAAGGAUGAAAUCCUGCCUCAUUUUUUUAAACACUUUUGGAAUCAUCGUAUGGCUUUGGAUCGCAGAAAUUAUAGACAGCUUGUAGAUACCACAGUCGAAAUAGCUAAUAAAGUAGGCGCUUCAGAAAUCAUCAAUAGAGUAGUGGAUGAUUUGAAAGAUGAAAAUGAACAGUAUAGAAAAAUGGUGAUGGAGACUAUUGAGAAAAUUAUGGGUAACUUAGGAGCGGCAGAUGUUGAUUCUCGUUUAGAAGAGCAGCUUAUUGACGGCAUUUUGUACGCUUUCCAGGAACAAACAACUGAGGAUGUCGUGAUGCUCAAUGGUUUUGGUACAAUCGUGAACACACUAGGUAAAAGAGUGAAGGCGUAUCUUCCACAGAUAUGCGGUACGAUAUUGUGGAGAUUGAAUAACAAAUCUGCGAAAGUUAGACAACAAGCUGCAGAUCUUAUUUCACGCAUCGCCGUGGUUAUGAAGACUUGUCAAGAAGAAAAAUUAAUGGGACAUUUAGGAGUCGUUUUGUACGAGUAUUUAGGCGAAGAAUAUCCAGAAGUACUAGGUAGCAUUUUAGGAGCCCUGAAAGCUAUUGUAAAUGUCAUAGGAAUGACAAAGAUGACGCCACCCAUCAAGGACUUAUUGCCAAGACUGACACCAAUCUUGAAGAACAGGCACGAAAAGGUGCAAGAAAAUUGUAUUGAUCUCGUGGGCAGAAUCGCAGAUCGAGGUCCUGAGUACGUUUCCGCUCGAGAGUGGAUGAGGAUAUGUUUUGAAUUGUUAGAGUUAUUGAAGGCACAUAAGAAGGCUAUUAGGAGAGCAACAGUGAAUACUUUUGGUUAUAUUGCCAAAGCUAUUGGACCGCACGAUGUCUUGGCGACACUUCUGAACAACUUAAAAGUCCAAGAACGUCAAAAUCGUGUUUGUACCACAGUCGCCAUAGCUAUUGUUGCUGAGACUUGUAGUCCUUUUACCGUUUUACCUGCAUUGAUGAACGAAUACAGAGUACCUGAAUUAAACGUACAGAACGGCGUGUUGAAAUCUUUGUCAUUCUUAUUCGAGUAUAUUGGCGAGAUGGGUAAAGAUUAUAUUUAUGCUGUUAGUCCAUUGUUGGAAGAUGCGCUUAUGGACAGGGACUUAGUACAUAGGCAGACUGCAUGCGCGAUUAGCCAUGAUCGUAGCAUGGCAUUAUGUUUUGGAUGUGAAGACGCGUUAAUACAUUUGCUGAAUCACGUGUGGCCUAACGUUUUCGAGACGUCACCGCAUUUAGUACAAGCGUUCAUGGAUGCUGUAGACGGAUUGCGCGUUGCGCUUGGACCGAUUAAGAUUUUACAGUAUACACUGCAAGGUUUGUUUCACCCAGCUCGUAAAGUACGCGACGUUUAUUGGAAGAUUUAUAAUUCCCUUUACAUCGGAGGUCAGGAUGCUCUCGUAGCUGGUUAUCCACGCAUCAUGAACGACCCAAAGAAUCAAUAUAUAAGAUAUGAAUUGGAUUAUGUGUUGUAAUAACAAACAACCCUUAGUUGCUAGGCAGAAUGAAUAUUAUUUCUAUGAGACACAUUGACUGAUGUGAAAAUAACUUUACUGAGGCCUGAUUGGAGUCAAAAGUCUGCCAAAUCAAAAUUUACAAUCAGAUGUCGAAUUUUUCAUUGCAGAAUGUAAUCGAAUUUAUUCGAUGAAGGGGUAAUUGCACAUAUAAACAGCAUAAUAGAUAAGUUACUAAGGUAAAUAUUAGCGAAAUAAAUUAUGCUUGACGUGAAAAGUGUGUUAGUAUAAGAUACAUAUAAAUAAAUAAAAAAAAUAUA